AUGGGCAAGAAAUCCCCUGUUGAAGAUUCUGGAAAUUCCCUUUUUUACGCAUAUGUCGAGGUUUCUAUGAAGAAGGACGCUAAGGGAGCGAUUGUUCCCUAUGUGUCCAGAGAGUAUCCAGAGAAUAGCACAAAGGCUCUUCCUGGAGAUCUGCCUUACUUCAUGACUCCGGAUUUUAAUGAAAUCAAGCCUAUGAGCGUCUACGAACCUCAGGAAUAUACGGUCGUGCUGACGGGAGAUAGUGGAGAACGUUUGUAUGGUUUUUGUCGUCGGUACCUUCCUGAAGGAAUUGGCGGAAGAUAUGAUGUGGGCGAGCGUCUUCCCCAAGUGAUUUGCUAUGUUUCCCUUCAGUAA